UGCUUUAUAAUAAUAUCUUGCAUGAGCAUUUUCUGUAUGUGAAUGCAUCAGUUUGUAAUUUAUAAUGAGAAUUAAUUGAAUAUAUUAUUCAAUUAGAUCAUAUAAAAAUUUUCUGAUUGUUUUGUAAUUUAUUUCUAUAGUAGUAGAAGAGAUGUUGGGCCAUCUCUAUGCCAGGCCUCCUUCAGCUGAGAUAAAAACUGAGCUACCAGUCUCAGGGAUUCACAAUACUUCCUCUCAGACUAUCAGAAAUCCAUCUUUAGUUUCAUCACCUCCAUUAAUCUCAGGCAACAAGUUACUCAGAGUAAAAACAAAUUCUGUAACAAAGGAAAUCUCUAACUCAGGUAAACUUAGUGAUGCUAAUAAUCGACAAUGUACCAGGUCAUCCCCAGAGACUUUAACUAGUUUUGACCCAUGUGUGAAAGUUAUAUUUUUGCUAUCAAAUACUAUCAGUUUGCUUCAACCGAUGAAUCAGGGAGUCAUCAAAACAUUCAAAGCUUAUUACACGAGAUGAUAGUUUGCACAUCUGCAUGAAGCUAUGAGACAAAACAACAAGCUCUCUGUUAAAAACUUUUGGAAACAAUUCAAUGUUUUAGAGCAGUGAGAAUCAUUGAACAAUCUUGGAAUGAAGUUUCAGAAAAAAACUUUAAAUGGCGUCUGGAAAAAAACUGUGUCCUUUUUUCACCAGUGAAACUCGGGAGGAAUCAGUACCAGAGGCUGAUGAAAUUGGUAAUGUGAUUGAAGAAGUUGUCAAUAAAUAGGUAAAUAAAUUUAGAAGUGGAUUGUGAUGACGUUCAAGAACUGCUGAAUUUCCACAAUCAGGAGCUGACAAUUGAUGAGCUCAUAGAAAUGUGUGAGCAAGAGUCUUGACAAGUUCUUCAAUGUCAAGACAUUGAAGAACUUGAUUCUUUAGACCAGUUCAAUUAGAAGAUCGAAUGACGGUUGGAAACUUGACAGAAGGCCUCGGGUCAAUUGAAAAGGGGUUACAAAUUUUAGAAAAUAUAGACUCCAAUGAAGAGCACAUUUCUUCUACAAAAUGAGAAAUAAAAAAGUUAUUAGCGUGCUACAAGGAAAUUUUGCAGGAGAAAAAAAUCUUUGAGCUGUCAGGUGAAUUUGUUAGAUUUUAUGAAGCCUUUUACAUCAAAAUAACUUCGGUUUACGAUUUUAAUAAUAUAAUUUGUUAUACACAUGUAUUAUCUAAGAUAUUAUUAAACAUUUUUUUUAAGUUAUUGUUUUCUUUAGUCUCCGACUCCAAUUAAAACUAAUUUGUAUAUAUUUAUGUGGGAAAUUAUACCUUGACUUAUGCGGUUAUUGCUUGGUCACACCUAUUGCAUAAGUUCGGUGUAUUACUGUAAUGAUAAAUGGUGAUUGACAACUAAACCAGAUUAAACUUCUCUAACAGAUAAAGGAUAUUGUUCAACUUCUUAUAAUCUGCCCUCUUCUCCUAUUCCUUUUUUAAGUCAGUCUUUAUUUAAUACUUAUAGUCAAAAUUCAUCAUCUGAAAGAAUAAACUGAUUUGUUGUUUUUCUUUUAAAAUAUUUUGUACCCAAUUGAUUCUUUCAGAAUAUUGAAGGCAGGACAUUGCAUUUUUAUAAGGUUGGUUAUGGGCAGUGAUGUUUUUAUUUAGAGUGUCUGCUAUUUAGAGGUAUAUGUAAUAGAUGUCCUAUUUGAAGGGUCUGGGGAUUAUAAAAGUGUCUAUUAAGUAGACAUGUCCACUAUUCAGGAGUGUCUGUUAAUGGAGGUUUCACUGUAUGUAUAAAAUGUUAUACUGUCAAAGAAUUAUGUAAAGAAUAUUACAUAACUCUUUAACAAUACAUUUAUUACUAUAUAAUGUUAUGUAAUAUUUUAUGCAUGUAUGUUAUGUUUAA